AGGUUAUCUGACCAUCUUCAAAAAGUUUUAUGUAAUGGGCAAGGUAAGUCUGCUUGCAGAAGGAACAGCAGACAACUAGCCAGCCUUCACUCUACUAAAUGGGAAGCCACUAAGACAUCUCGUUCUCCAUCAUGGAUUGCUUCUCUCAAUGCAGCUUGUGAAGCAUAUUUAGAUUGGACUGAACUGGACGAGAAUGGCCGCUUCAAAGAGCCUCGUCAUAGUAGCAUUAUGCUCAUGGCUUUGUUCAAGAUCCUUCGCGUUUGAGGCUAAUUCCUCAGAGGGGUUGUCGAGAAUUGGUCUGAAGAAGCGGACACUUGAUUUUGACAGUGUAAAUGCUGCUGGAAUUAGCAGAGCAGGAGACCAUUUUCACCUUAGGAAGAAGGGGAAUACAAGAAGGAAUCCAAUGGACCCAGAAGCAGAUAUAAUAUAUCUGAAGAAUUAUCUUGACACCCAAUAUUAUGGAGAGAUCGGUAUCGGCACGCCGCCACAGAAAUUCACAGUCAUCUUUGACACUGGAAGCUCCAAUCUUUGGGUGCCAUCUUCAAAAUGCCUGUUUUCUAUUAAUUGCUAUUUUCAUUCAAGAUACAGGGCGAGACUAUCGAGUACUUACACCAAGAUUGGAAUACCAUGUAAAAUCCACUAUGGUUCUGCUUCAAUUUCCGGAGUCUUUAGCCAAGAUAAUGUCAAAAUUGGGGACGUUGUUGUUGGAGAUCAAGAGUUUGUUGAGGCUAGGAAGGAGGGCUUUUUAGCUUUCUUAGCGGCUCAAUUCGACGGGAUACUCGGGCUCGGCUUUCGAGAUAUUGCUGUUGGUGGAACUACACCAGUGUGGUAUAAUAUGGUGCAGCAAGGCCAUGUUACUCAGCAAAUAUUCUCAGUCUGGUUUAAUCGUGACCCUACAUCGAAUCUGGGAGGCGAGAUUGUCUUCGGCGGUCUAGAUUGCAGGCACUUCAGGGGCGAACAUUCUUACUUCCCGGUUACUCGACAGGGUUAUUGGCAGAUUGAUGUGGGCGACAUUCUUGUAGCCGGCUAUUCAACAGGAUUGUGCGACGACGGCUGUGAAGCUGUUUUGGAUACGGGAACAUCAUUUCUUGCUGGUCCAACUAAGGUCAUCGCUCAAAUUAAUCACGCGAUCGGAGCAGUAGGAAUUGUGAGCUUUGAAUGUCAAACUGUCGUCUCCAAUUACGGAAAUCAGAUAUGGGAAUUUCUGAUAUCGGGGCUCCGCCCAGAAACAGUAUGUGUAGACAUCGGACUGUGUUUGUACAAUGGAUCCCAGCAUUUUAGCACACAAAUGGAUAGGACGUUCUACAAUGGGACUGAAAAGGGUUCUUCGGUCAAUGAGACCGCUCUAUGUGCUUUCUGCGAGAUGAUUGCCUUUUGGAUUCAAAUGCAGCUCAAGCAGCAGAAAACAAAGGAUAGAGUUUUCAAAUACAUAAACGAGCUGUGCGAGAAGUUGCCGAACCCCAUGGGGAAAUCCUUCGUCGACUGCGAUAACAUUGAGAACAUGCCACACGUUUCGUUCAUCAUCGGCAAUAAGUCCUUCCCACUAUCUCCUCAACAAUAUAUUCUCAAAGUCGGAGAAGACUGCUCGUCGAUCUGUGUAAGCGGAUUCGUUCCUCUGGACGUCCCAGAAGGUCCUCUCUGGAUUCUGGGGGACAUGUUCAUGGGAGCAUACCACACGGUGUUCGACUUCGGUAAUCUCAAGAUCGGAUUCGCGAAAGCGGCUUAGAAAUCUCCAAGUCCUUUGUCUCCGAGGAACAGCGAGGCGAGUCUGUGAUUUGUUGAUGUUGAAUAAUAAUGUUAUGAGAUGUGAUAAUUUUAAAUCAGCAUGCAUGAAAGUGAAAGUGAAAGCUACCUUGGCCUUGUAUAAAUGCUAAUAUUUCAUGAACUGUCUUGUACAAAUUAUCAAGCGCAAGCGCGCAGAUUGUGGUGUUUUGUCUCAGAACGACUA